AUGGCGGCCAUGGCGGGAGCGGCGGCCUCGUCGGCUUCCGCUUCUGCGGCGGGCCUGGCCGGCGGGCGGGCGCCGCGACGGACGGCGGGCAACCGGCUCUCGGGGCUGCUGGUGGCGGAGGAGGAGGACGAGUUCUACCAGACCACCUACGGGGGCUUCACGGAGGAAUCGGGCGACGACGAGUACAAGGGGGACCAGUCGGACAGCGAGGACGAGGUGGACUCGGACUUCGACAUCGACGAAGGGGACGAGCCCAGCAGCGACCAGGACGACGCGGUGCCCAAGCGGAAGCGGAGGGUGGUCACCAAGGCCUACAAGGAACCCAUCAAAAGCCUGAGGCUGAAGAAACCCGAGGCCCCGCCCAGCAGCUCGCAGAAGACCAGAGAGGAACGAUCGGCCCCCGCAGAACUGGAAGACACGGUGGACAGCCGGAAACACAUGCGCCAGUCCACCACUGAGCACACUCGCCAGACGUUUCUGCGCCUCCAGGAGCGCCAGGUGCAGUCCAGGCGCAAGAAGGGGGCCGGCCCCAGCUACGACAGACCCCUGACCCAGGAAGAGCUGCUGAGGGAGGCCAAGAUCACCGAGGAACUCAACUUGCGCUCUCUGGAGACUUACGAACGCCUGGAGGCGGAUAAGAAGAGGCAGGUGCAGAAGAAGCGGAAGUGCCCGGGCCCCACCAUCCGCUACUACUCGGGGACGAUGCCCCUCAUCUCCGAGCUGGGGUACAAGGAGGAGAACGUGGACGUGGAGGGGUUAGAGCAGGAGGGUCUUCUGGAGCCCCCCUCCGCUGCCACGCCCGCCGCAAGAUGUUCCCGCACCUUCGUCACCUUCAGCGACGACAACACCUUUGAGCGCUUCUUCCCCAGAGCCCCGCCCCCCAGGCUGCCCGUCAAGGAGAUCUGCCCCGUCACCCACAAGACCGCCAUCUACCGGGACCCCGUCACCGACAUCCCCUACUCCAACAUCCGCUCCUUCAAGAUCAUCCGCGAGGCUUACAAGAAGUACAUCACCGCCCACGGGCUGCCCAGCGCGGGCGCCUCCGCUGCCCUGGCGGCCGGCUCCCCGAUGCCCGAGCCCGGCCUCCGGCCCACCCGGCAGAAGAUCAUCAUUAAGCAGAGCGUGCCGGCCACCUGA